CCCACGACUGUCUGCUUUACACAACACUUUGCACUUGCAAGAUUUGUUGACAAUACUUUUAGGUUCUUGUGAGAUAGAUUUUUAAAUCUGCACAUCACCAAAGGCUGUUGGCAGAAUGAAAGUCUGCAUAGCUUUUGUCUUGAGUGUGGCGGCCCUGAAUAGAUGGGCGUUUGCUGCAGGCCCAAAAGAGUUAUCCAUCACUACUAUAAUGCAAGACCCGUACACAAUGACCAAAGGCUCUGAAGGGGAGCUGGAAGGCUACUGUAUUGACUUAAUCUCUGAGCUCAGCGAGAAACUUGGCUUCAGUUACAAACUGCAGCUGGUGAAGGACGGCCGCUAUGGAUCCAUGGACUCCAGCGGGAACUGGAAUGGAAUGAUCGGUGAAGUCAUCAGAGGGGAUGCCGACCUGGCUGUGGCCCCACUGACACUCACCGCCAUCCGAGAGCAGUAUGUGGACAUGACGACCCCCUUCAUGCAAACGGGGAUAGGUUUCAUUCUCCACAAAGAUGUGGCAGGUGAUGAGAACGUUUUCAGCCUCCUGGCACCAUUCUCCACUGAGAUGUGGGUGGGCAUCGCUAUUGCGUUCCUGCUAACUGGUCUCUGCAUGUUCCUGAUGGGCAGGAUCAGUCCGGGUGAAUGGGCCAAGCCCGACACAGAAGAGCACAGAUUUACUUUACUGCACAGCUACUGGUACAUUACGGGAGCUCUCACCCUGCAAGGUGCUGGUCCUCACCCUAAAGCUGUUUCUGGAAAAGUGGUGAGCGCCAUCUGGUGGGUAUUUGUUGUAGUACUGCUCGCCUGCUACUUUGCCAACUUCCACUCCAUGAUGCACUUCAACAAGAAACACAUCUCCAUCAUGAACUUUGAGGACCUCGCCAAACAGGAUGUUAUUGAAUAUGGAACAGUGGACGGUGGCUCCACCACGCUUUUCUUUAAGAAUUCCAACAAUGCUGUCUACAGACGCAUCUACCAGCACAUGGAGCGUAAGAAGAGCUAUGUAGUAAACAUGGAGGAAGGCGUUCGCCGCGCCCAGGAGGGAAACUUUGCCUUCAUCGGUGAGGCCGUGUCCUUGGAUCUCGCUGUGGCUCGCUACUGUACACUGACCCGCUCACAGGAAGUAGUCGCCAUGAGAGCCUAUAGCAUUGCUGCACGUCAGGGUUCCCCUAUGGUUAGAAACCUCAGCAUGGCCAUUCUUCAGCUCAGCGAAUCUGGCGAGCUGACUUAUCUGCGGGACAAGUGGUGGGCCAGCAGUUGCGUGGGAGCCGAUGGCGCCCCCGACUCAGAAACCCUCCAUCCUCAUGACCUGCGGGGUCUCUUCCUCCUCCUUGGCCUUGGCCUGGGUGUUGGCCUCCUUCUUGCUCUGCUGGAACUCCUCGCCAAGGCUCGCAGUCAAGCAAUUGAAGAAAAGAAAUCCUGCUGCUCGGUGUUGACAUCAGAGCUGAAUCAGCGCUUUGGCAGUGGAGGAGAGGUCACAGAGCAAGACGCCACAGACAAAAGCAAAGCCUAAUUCUUCCACUUUCGUAUAUACUAUAUAUAAAAAACAACAACAUUGUGUCGGUACAUUCAAACACUCACUUGUAGUGUUCCCAUAGUAACAGUUUGGAGUUGAGUGGCCAUGAAACACAUCAACAGGUUAUCAAAAUAGAGUUUAAUACUGCAAAUGUUAAUCAGUACUUACAAGGGUUGUCCAUUAGAAUUAGUCGUUAUGUACUAACAGUUUAUAUUGCUUGUGUCAUCCAAAUAAAUGUACCAAGGUUCCACAUUGUUUUACUUCAAUGUGCAUGUAGCUGGGGAGGUUUUAAUUCCAUAUUAAAUCAAUCAUGACAUGAAAGACAAACAAGACAUUUUUGGUAGAAAAGUAUGAAAUUAACUUUCAAAGUGGACCCCAAAAAUCCUAGUGGCACUGGAAAGCUUUGCAGUGAGUAUCUUAAUUAUACAAUCUUUUGUUGUCACUUAAUGGGCUUUCAGACACAUUUGGAAGAAAGCAAAAUGUCAUUGAAGAUUCUGGACUACAGUAGGUCUAAUUUUGGCAGCUGGAAUCUCUGACUGCAUUCAUUUGGAAAGAAAGGUAUCCUCUUUGUUCUUGUUUGUUAGUUUUUUUCUGCUUCUUUGAAGCAUCAUAUCUUCCUAUUCCAUCCAAAAAUCACUGCAGCACCAUCACAAAGUCUUAAUUUGUGUAAAUAGCCUGUAAACCCCAUUAAAAAUAAAUAAAUGA